UUUUGAAAGUGUUUAAGGCUGCAUAACAUCUCCAUUUGUGUUUGACUUAAGAAAUGAAGUCAUGAAGGUUUGGAACAACAUGAGCGUUUGUGUGAGAGAGACACCGAGUGUGAGGGGGAGGGGGGAGUGUCGGCUGUCACCGUUCUCUCGGUGCACGCGCGCUGUGUCCGACUCUCGCUGGAAGUUUGAGCGUCUCGAGCGCUCCACGGAAUUAACGGCAGCAGCACGAGCGCGUUAAGCUGCGCGGGGCCGCGAGCGGAUUGUCCACCAUCUCACCGGGAACAUGAACAUGGCACUGAACAGGUCGCCCUCUGCCACGGAAAAUUGGAACGGGGCUCCCGAGCGCAUGCGUGUUUCAGCCAUGAGGAGUGAGUCCUCUUCAAUGCAGAGUGAGAAACUCCGCUGUCUUGCCCGAGAUAUCUCUGAACUGGGCCAGCAGGGCAUGGCCAGCAGUGGGCAUGAUGCCAGUGACAUUGCCGAGGACACGGUGGAGCCAGGCCCUGGUCCAGGAGGAGGGCUGUGUUUUGCAGAUGGCCGAAGAAGAGUGGACUACGUUCUUGUUUAUCACUGCAAGAGACGUCAGUUCCAACACCGCCUCUCUGUUGUCUCUAACGGUAACGUGCCAUCUCAAAGCCCCACCCCUUCACGCAGGAGUACGAAGGGUGAAAUUUCGGAGGCGGUGCUGGAGGCGGGGCUUGAGAUGGAACCCGCCAAUGGACUAAAAAAUAAAAUCAGGGAGGAAUUUGAAAGAAGACUUCAGGAGGAAGGCUUGGAGAUUGAACAUGACAAAGAGAUGAGGACAGUCCGGUUUACUCGUCUUCAUGUUCCCUGGUCUGUUCUCAGUCGUGAAGCAGAACUUCUUAAGAUCAGAGUGCCCACUAAAAAGACGUAUCGACUGAAAGAGAAGACGGGGCUCAUAAGCUCGUUUUGGACGAAGAUCAAUCAGCCGUUCCAGCCGGGCGUACCAGAGCCCCAGGACCCACGCACACGUGUCCUAUCCCAACCGUUCAGCAGAGACAAGCUACACCUAUUUGAUAUAAAGUCAAAAAACAGCUUGUUCAGCAAUGCAAUACGAGGUCGAAUUGUUUAUGAAAUUUUGAGGCGCACAGCCUGCACACAGACCUGUCAAACCAUGGGCAUUUCGUCACUGCUAGCCAAAGGGGUUUAUGAUUCCGCCUUCCCUCUACAUGAUGGAGACUUUGACAGCUCAGAAGAUAGAGAGAAUCGCAACGACAGACAGAUGUUGCAUGAGGAAUGGGCCAAUUAUGGCGCUUUCUACAAAUUUCAGCCAAUGGACCUUAUCAGGAAGUACUUUGGAGAGAAGAUUGGCCUGUAUUUUGCCUGGUUGGGAGUGUACACACAGCUGCUGAUUCCUGCCUCAGCUUUAGGAGUCGCAGUAUUCCUGUAUGGCUGCUUCACCGUAGACACCAAUGUGGCCAGUCAAGAGAUGUGCGAUGAGCGUCUUAAUUUCACCAUGUGUCCUCUAUGUGAUCGUGUAUGUGAUUACUGGCAGCUGAGCAGUAUCUGCAGUACUGCACGUGCCAGCUAUCUGUUUGAUAACCACGCCACCGUGGGCUUCGCCAUCUUUAUGUCCCUCUGGGCGGCAGUGUUUCUAGAACACUGGAAGAGGAGGCAGAGAUGUCUACAGCACAGCUGGGAUCUUACCGGCAUGGAAGAUGAUGAGGAAAGGGCUGAGAAUGAGCUACGACCAGCAUAUGAGGACUUUCUUCUUAAGAAAAAAGAGAAGGCAGCAAAGAAUAAGAAGAAGGAAGAGCCGGACGCAGGAACAGAUGACAAAGGAAGAGAGAAGCUACUGUCUGCUAAAGGAGGGCAGUCACCGCUUGCCUCAGAGUCUUUGUCAUGGACGGACCGGAUGCCAGGAUAUUGCAUCAACAUAUCCUCUAUCCUCCUUAUGGUUGGGGUCACAUUCUCUGCCGUGUCUGGAGUAAUUCUCUACCGCAUCAUUGUGUUUGCUGUUAUGUCAAUGAACCCUGAUCACGAGGCCAAGGCUAAUGUGCGUGUUACAGUGACAACCACUGCUGUCAUCAUCAACUUGCUGGUGGUUCUGGUGCUGGAUGAGAUCUACGGUGCUAUAGCGGCCUGGAUUACAGAGCUUGAGAUUCCAAAGACUGAAGCGACAUUUGAGGAGCAUGUGAUCUUGAAAGCUUUUUUGCUGAAGAGCAUGAAUUCAUUUGCACCUGUCUUCUAUGUGGCCUUCUUUAAGGGCAGGUUUGCCGGUCGUCCUGGUGACUAUGUUUAUGUCUUUAAGGAUUUCCGCAUGGAAGAGUGUUCUCCAGGUGGCUGUCUUAUUGAAGUGUGUAUUCAGCUGGGAAUCAUUAUGCUGGGGAAGCAGCUUAUUCAGAAUAAUGUGUUUGAAAUUGCCAUUCCAAAGCUGAAGAAGAUGUAUCGCACGUAUAAGGAGGAGAAAGAUGGAUCGGCAGAUGAGGAGGACAAAGACUCCAAACGAGAACCGCAGCGCUGGGAUUUGGACUAUGAUCUGGAGCCAUAUGAGGGUUUAAGCCCAGAGUACAUGGAGAUGGUUAUUCAGUAUGGAUUUGUCACACUCUUUGUGGCCUCCUUCCCGCUGGCACCAGUAUUCGCUCUGCUCAAUAACGUCAUUGAAAUCCGACUAGAUGCGGCAAAAUUCGUCACUGAAAUACGCCGACCUGAUGCAGUCAGUGCUAAAGAAAUUGGCAUAUGGUACAACAUCUUGAGUGGAAUCAGCAAGUUUGCUGUCAUUACAAAUGCAUUUGUGAUUUCCUUUACAUCGGAGUUCAUUCCUCGGAUGGUGUAUCAGUAUUUGUACAGUGAAACAGGCACCAUGCAUGGUUUUACCAACCACACACUGGCUUAUUUCAACACAAGCAACUUUAAGCCUGGUACUGCGCCGCAUGACACUGAUUUUGACAGACAACUCCGUAUUUGCAGGUACAAAGACUAUCGAGAUCCACCCUGGUCUCCUGAGUCUUACCAGCUUUCUAAGCAGUACUGGUCUGUGCUCGCUGCACGCCUGGCUUUUGUUAUUUUUUUCCAGAACUUGGCCAUGUUCCUCAGUAUGUUGGUGGCAUGGUUGAUCCCAGACGUGCCUCGUUCUCUGAAGGAGCAGCUGAAGAGAGAGAAAACACUCCUGAUGGAUCUUCUGCUCUCCGAGGAGACAGACAAGCAAUGCACCCAGUCACACCCACUGACGACUAGCAACAUUGAUGUAGUCAUCAAGGGUUUAGAGGAAGAGGAGGAGCUGCCUGUCUGCAGUGGGGUAAUGCUAAGCCAGUCAGAUGAAGAGCUAAAAGAGGAGCUGCCUAUCUGCAGUGGGGUAAUGCUAAGCCAGUCAGAUGAAGAGCUAAAAGAACUAAAAGAACUUCGGAUGACCAAUGAAGAGGAGGAUGAGCUUGAGGUAAAAUCAGCAGAGGAACCCAUUGCAUCCACCAGUGAUCUGCCUAAUGAUAAACCUCGACCUUCGACCUGUGAAAGUCUUAAUACAACUUCAGAGUCCCUGUCUAAGAUAGCCUGUCAUGAUGAAUUACCUACUACACCAUCAGCAUGUUCAAGCCAGUCCGUUCAAUCAAUCAAAUCCAGCUCACUAUCACGGCACUGGGAGUUUGACUCGAAUGGACCUCCACCUCGAGACCCAAGUUGCAAGGCAAAGAGCCGUUGCCAAACACUUCCACCAAGGCCUGGAGGUCCUGAAGCUGAAGAGCGUGCAACCAGACCCAGCCACUCCACCACAUUCACACACCUUGACCAGAAAGUUCCUCUAUCUCCUAUGGAACUGAUCAGGAACAUCCCUAGAGCACUGUCUACAACCAAGCCCUCUGGAAGCCAAGCAUCUGUCUCAGAUUCACUGGAUUCAGAGCUCAUGGGCAGCCCUUCGAUAGCACUUCCUCGCCCACCGUCCAGACCAGAGCUUGCUAGCGGCCUUUUGACAGUCUUGCCACGUCCUCCUUCGAAACCGGAGCUCGUGGGCAGCCAGCCAACAGGACUACCACGGCCUCCCUCCAAACCUGAGCUGUUGGGAAGCUCAAUGAAAGGGCUUCCCCCUCGUGAUCCAGGCUUGAAAGUUAAAGGUCGAUGCCAGACUCUUCCUUCGAAGUAUAGAGGCUCAGAGACUCCAGAGGAGACGUCAACCAAACCUAGCCAUUCCACCACCUUCACACACCUCAGUCAACAGAUUCCACCUUCACCCAGUGAUCUCAAACGUAACACUCCUGUAUGAGUGUGACAAGACAAAGUGGAGAAACACUCCACCUCUUCAGCACCUUGCAUCCAAUCACUUUCAGUGCCAGGCAACCCAUGCCAUCAACAACUCAUCUUUGACUCUUAUUAAUGACUGAACGAGCAUCUUUGGUAACUCUGGAUGUAGAUCAAUUGUUGAUGGCUUGGUGGAGGUUCACUUGGUUGCUAACGGGAUCCGGUUGAUUGACAAGGGGGACUUCUUUUGCACAGAAUCAUCAACUCAUUAUGCUUGUGCAUUCUGGAUAUUCUGCUAUUCUUCUAGAGCCAUUUGACAUGGCUUGAUGACUCUUAAACUGUCUUAUACUGUGACUUGCCAUUCUCUCUUUCACAUAUAAACACUUGUACAGACACACACAACAAAUCUCAUCCAAAUCUUGGACCAGAACAGGUGAGAAAACAGAGAGGGGAUUAGGAAUAUGGGCCAAAGGGCUUUGCAGUCCAUACUGAUGCUACUCAGCAAGUGGAACUUUCAUUUCAUGGUGUUGUUAACAUGUACUUAACCAGAAUAAUAACUAAAUGUGAACUUCUUAACAUAAUACUUCAGCUUCAAAAUAAGCCAACUUGUUUGUGGAAUUGUCUUUUUGUCGUUGGUGGCAACAUCUGUAGUGUCUCAUCCACAUGACAAGUUAGCAUGUAGUUUGGCAGUUAGCAUGCUCAUAACAUGAUAAAGAAAUGUGAUGUUGAAAUGGAUUCAUAAGACUUGCAAAGCCAAUUGCACUGUACAUUGCAAAUACACUGUAGUGAUUUACAAAAAUCCCAUUUAGCACUAUGCUAGCACAGCUAAAGCUAAUGUAAAGCAUGCUAUAUUCACUGUGAAGAGGUUUUCAGGGAUUUAGACCCAGUCAUCAAUAUUAAAUCAUUCCCCACCAGGAAAAAAGGUAUGAAUGCACACAGGCCACGUGCACACUGCCAAGUUUUUGAAGUGUCACCCGCAUUUAUUUUCGGGAAUGAAUCGCUAAGUUAUCAUUCCAAUCGUUAAGCUAUCAUUCCAAAUGUGUACAGAAUGCAGGUGUCAAUCCUACUACCCAAAACAAGCAAUAGUUGACGUCUCGCAGCUGUAAACGAGAACUAGUUUAGCCUGUUUGGUGUUUUCUAUUUUCCACAAACUAAUAUUAACGUGCUGAGUUUAUUAGCAUCUGGUCAUUUUGAAUACGUCAUUAGUUGUCACUAAAAACCCAACUCUGUGUGUACAAAAUAGGAUUAAAGGAUUAGUUAACCCAAAAUGGAAAUGUCAUCAUUUACUCACCCUGAUGUCGUUCCAACCAAUAUUUUCUUUCAUCCCUGGAACACAAAAUAAGAAAUUCUGUUGAGUGAUAUAAUAAAAUUGGAUUGGAUAGCCUAUUUAUACUUUAUACAAUCUAAAAAGUACCAAAAGCACCAUAAAAGUAGUCCAUAUGACUGUAUGGUUGUACGGUAUGCUGUAUUCUGAAGUCAUUCAACAGCUUGUGUAACAAUCAAACAAAAAUUUUGGGGUGAACUAUUAAAACAACUGGAGUGACAACUGUAUUUAGCUGCAGUGUGGGCAUGGCCACUGUGUAUUAAACUCUGUGUUGAGUGGCAGGUGUGUAUGAUAUGCAUUGUGCUACCAGGAAUCCAUUAGCUAAGAACAGUUACAAACCAGCAUUCACAUAGAACAUUAUCCAUGUUACAGUAUUUCUAGAAAUCUUGAGAAACUUUGAAAUAUUUUGAUAUUAUAAUAAAAAAAAAAGACUGUUCAUAAUAAAAACUGGAAAGGAA